UGCAGGAUGGCUGAGCGCGCAGGAGCCCGGGAGGUCUGAGCCGGGCGAGGCUCGCUCCCUGCGCAUCGCCUGGUCCGGCCGCGUGGUCGCGGGCAGUCGGUCCGGGCGCAGCGCAGGGCCAGGGCAGGGCCAGGGAAGGUAGACCUGCAGUCGGCGGGGCCGGAGGCUGAUAGACUGCCCACCUCCCCGGUCUCCGAGCUGCCGGAGCUGCCCAUCCUCCGAAUUCGCGAUGAUCUGCUGAGAAGCUUCGUCGAGGCUGCUGGAGGCGGCCUCGUUGCGGGCGGUGCGGUUCGCGGCCUCCUUUCUCGUCGUGCCGAGCCCCGGUCCCCCACCCCUUCCCCGCGCCCCCUCCCUGCCGCCGGCCGAGAUGGCGGAUCCAGCUGAAUGCAGCAUCAAAGUGAUGUGCCGGUUCCGGCCCCUCAACGAAGCGGAGAUCCUCCGCGGGGACAAAUUCAUCCCCAAAUUUAAAGGCGAUGAUACCGUGGUAAUCGGGCAAGGGAAGCCAUAUGUCUUCGAUAGAGUGCUGCCUCCCAGCACGACCCAAGAGCAGGUUUACAGUGCGUGUGCAAAGCAAAUUGUCAAAGAUGUCCUUGAAGGUUAUAAUGGGACGAUUUUUGCAUAUGGACAGACUUCAUCGGGAAAAACACAUACCAUGGAGGGGAAGCUGCAUGACCCUCAGCUCAUGGGGAUCAUCCCAAGGAUCGCACACGACAUCUUCGACCACAUCUAUUCGAUGGAUGAAAACCUAGAGUUUCACAUUAAGGUUUCCUAUUUUGAGAUCUACUUGGACAAAAUCAGAGACUUACUUGAUGUAUCCAAGACAAACUUGGCUGUUCAUGAAGAUAAAAACAGAGUUCCGUAUGUAAAGGGGUGCACCGAGCGGUUUGUGUCCAGCCCCGAGGAGGUCAUGGAUGUGAUAGAUGAAGGCAAAGCAAACCGACAUGUGGCUGUAACAAACAUGAAUGAACACAGCUCCAGAAGUCACAGUAUCUUCCUGAUUAAUAUUAAACAAGAGAAUGUAGAGACUGAAAAAAAACUCAGUGGGAAGCUUUAUCUAGUUGAUUUGGCUGGGAGCGAAAAGGUCAGCAAAACUGGUGCCGAGGGAGCUGUUCUCGACGAAGCUAAAAAUAUCAAUAAGUCUUUGUCUGCUCUUGGAAACGUGAUCUCUGCCUUGGCAGAGGGGACAAAAACACACGUGCCGUAUCGGGACAGCAAGAUGACUCGGAUUCUUCAGGACUCCCUGGGUGGGAACUGUAGAACUACUAUAGUUAUUUGCUGUUCUCCUUCUGUCUUCAAUGAAGCUGAGACCAAAUCAACACUGAUGUUUGGACAAAGGGCUAAGACUAUCAAGAACACUGUCUCUGUGAACCUGGAACUGACAGCGGAAGAAUGGAAGAAGAAAUAUGAAAAAGAGAAAGAGAAAAACAAGACUUUGAAGAAUGUUAUCCAGCAUCUGGAGAUGGAGCUAAACAGAUGGAGAAACGGAGAAGCUGUGCCCGAGGAUGAACAGGUCAGCGCUAAGGACCAGAAGGCCCUGGAGCCCUGUGAUAACACCCCCAUCAUCGACAACAUUGCUCCUGUCGUGGCCGGCAUCUCUGCAGAGGAGAAGGAGAAGUACGAUGAGGAGUUCUCCAGUCUCUAUCGGCUCCUGGAUGAUAAGGAUGAUGAAAUUAACCAGCAGAGCCAGCUGGCUGAAAAGCUAAAGCAGCAGAUGUUGGAUCAGGAUGAGCUUUUAGCUUCCACGAGAAGAGACUACGAGAAGAUCCAAGAGGAGCUGACACGUCUCCAGAUUGAAAAUGAGGCAGCCAAGGAUGAGGUGAAAGAAGUUCUCCAGGCCCUGGAGGAGCUGGCUGUCAAUUACGACCAGAAGUCCCAGGAGGUGGAGGACAAGACCAGGGCCAAUGAGCAGCUGACAGACGAGCUGGCCCAGAAAACGACUACUUUAACAACCACACAGAGAGAGCUGAGCCAGCUUCAAGAGCUAAGCAACCACCAGAAAAAGAGAGCUACUGAGAUCCUGAAUUUGCUGUUGAAGGAUCUGGGGGAGAUAGGUGGAAUUAUUGGCACCAAUGAUGUGAAGACGUUGGCAGAUGUGAAUGGAGUCAUAGAAGAGGAGUUCACCAUGGCCCGUCUGUACAUCAGCAAGAUGAAGUCAGAGGUCAAGUCCCUGGUGAACCGCAGCAAGCAGCUCGAGAGCGCCCAGAUGGACUCCAACAGGAAGAUGAAUGCCAGCGAGCGGGAGCUGGCCGCCUGCCAGCUGCUCAUCUCCCAGCACGAAGCCAAGAUCAAAUCCCUGACAGACUACAUGCAGAACAUGGAACAGAAGAGGAGGCAGCUGGAAGAGUCCCAAGACUCGCUCAGUGAAGAGCUGGCCAAGCUCCGAGCCCAAGAAAAAAUGCACGAGGUCAGCUUCCAGGACAAGGAAAAGGAACAUCUGACGCGGCUGCAGGACGCUGAGGAAAUGAAGAAGGCGCUGGAGCAGCAGAUGGAAAGCCACCGGGAGGCCCACCAGAGGCAGCUGUCCCGACUCCGGGACGAGAUCGAGGAGAAGCAGAGGAUCAUCGAUGAGAUUCGGGAUUUGAAUCAGAAACUGCAACUGGAACAAGAGAAGCUCAGUUCUGAUUAUAACAAGCUGAAAAUAGAGGACCAAGAGAGAGAGAUGAAACUAGAAAAGCUCUUAUUGCUCAAUGACAAAAGGGAGCAAGCCCGGGAGGACCUCAAAGGGCUGGAAGAAACAGUGUCUCGGGAACUGCAGACUCUGCAUAACCUCCGUAAACUCUUUGUCCAGGAUCUGACCGCUCGGGUUAAAAAAAGUGUAGAGCUGGACAGCGAUGAUGGAGGGGGCAGUGCCGCCCAGAAGCAGAAAAUUUCCUUCCUGGAGAAUAACCUGGAGCAGCUCACCAAGGUUCACAAACAGCUGGUCCGGGACAACGCAGACCUGCGCUGUGAGCUUCCCAAGCUGGAGAAGCGGCUGCGCGCCACGGCCGAGCGCGUCAAGGCCCUGGAGAGCGCCCUGAAGGAGGCCAAGGAGAACGCCAUGCGGGACCGCAAGCGCUACCAGCAGGAGGUGGAUCGCAUCAAGGAGGCCGUGCGAGCCAAAAACAUGGCCCGGAGGGCCCACUCGGCCCAGAUUGCCAAGCCCAUCCGCCCGGGACACUACCCAGCAUCAUCUCCCACGGCCGUUCACGCCAUCCGCGGGGGAGGAGGCAGCUCAUCGAACGCCACUCAUUACCAGAAAUAAAUAAAUAUGACUCUCCACGUAGCAUGUCAAGGACUAAGUUAAUCGCCAGUUCCUUUUUUUCUCCUACACAAUUUCCACUUUCUUUUACACUCGCUUACCCAGCCAUCUGCAGUACGCCACUUUCAGGUAUUUGAGCUAUGUAGAAUUUCUGUGUGUACAGAUGUGUGCUCGGACUUCUCUCUUCCUGAGAAAUCUGAAGGGGAGGAUCAUAGAAGACCCACUUGCUCCCGGGAACCACCUCUGCGGCCGGG